GGUAUUCUUUAGAGCCGAGAAGUUGCAUUUUCCGUAGCAUUUGGCUUUCACCCUCGUACUCGGCAGCCGUCGUAGAUUGGCGGUGCGUGAAAGCAACGCGAACAUUUAGGUGCAGCAGCGUCAUCGUAGCCAACCAUUCCGGUGGCUAUCCAGAGGGGUAACCUCCCCGCGGCUGAUUUGCAACCCCUCCAAAAGGGCAAGAUAGGAUCGAUUGUGUUUUCAUCGGGCGAGAGAAAGGCUGCAGCUGCGGAGAUUCGCGGAGGCCAAAAAACAACUCAGAGGGAAUGCGAUUUUUGAAAAACGGGGAUGUACUUAUUCAACAUCUGGGGUCUGUCAGCAGGGAAGAUUGAGUUCAACGCAAAACCCUGGACUGCCGUUACUACAGAUAUGUGAGGUUGGAGCGCGAAACUCGAACGAGCUCCCACCGCGGUUCUCGCAUCGCUUGCAUGGAGACGCGGGCUGGUUCUUUAAAUCUCUUCACUUGGCCGUCGUGUGGAGCCUUCCUUCGUCAUUUCCUUUGUAAGUUUCAACUUCGUCAGCGGCUUCCAGGUCCGUCGAGCGCGGAUGACGGACGCCCUUCGCAGGGUGGUGCAGGCAAGUGGCUGUGACUAGCCAUCGAUGCUGCAGCGAUCGAAGCUUCUGCUCGCUGUGAAAGUAUUUUGAGUUUCGAGGACUUUCUCCGAGGGUCAACAUUGCGAUCUUCAGUCUCUUCUGUAUCCCUUUGUUCCUUCACCAAAAAAAACGCUUCCCUUUUCAACGUCUUUUUUUCCUUGCUCGUGACACAUCCCAGUGCCCCACGACGCGCGUGGGUCGCGCGUUCGACUCUUCAUUUCUUGACUUCCCCUCUUUCCUUCCGUCUGCCUGGCGCCGUUUCUCCACCGACGUUGAAGGCGGCGUCUCUUCCCGUUCAUUCGCCGCGUUUGGCGCGGCACAGCCCCCGUGUUAGCAUUCGAAUCUAUCGAAAUGCGUCAGUUUCUUCCCCUUCUGGUCCUUCUGCCGCUGCUGCAGCGGCAGGACUCCGCUGCGCCUGCAGUGCAGUCCCGUUUCCCGGGAAGUGGGUCGCUUCUCCCUUCCGCGGUCGUUGCUGAGGCAACACGGGCUCGGCACCGCGCGUCCACGUUGGCGGCCGACGAUGAGGAGACGCCCGACGACGAAGACACCGUCCUCAGUGAGCAGGAGCAGGAGGCGGAGGACGAAUGUGAAGCGCAGGCUGUGGUGCAGAAGAUGCUUCAGGCGGAACUGGACGGCUCGAGCACGAGCUUGAUGGCAGCCUCGCCCCAGUGGAAGCACUUGAAGGCGAGCCUGGAGAAGCACAUGGACAACAAGGAGAUGUGCGCCCCUUUGUCGGGGUCUCAGCCCGUGUGCCGACAGGUCCAGAAGGCGGAUGACACUGAAGUCGUCGGUUCUGCCACUACUGAACUCAAGUGCGGAGGCGCAGAGUACGAGAAGCUUAUCGAGAAGUACGUUCACGAAAAGAACUGUCUCGCGGCAGUCGUCUUUUCCCACGUUCUUGCCCAGACGUGGCUCGGACACACAGACCCGAGCAAGGCAUCUGGAGGCGGUUCGGAGGUAGCCCGAAAGGGGAUCAUCGAUGUCCUUGUUUCCCAGUACAAGAAGGCGAUGGACUCGGGGUUCCUCGACGACACCUUGUGGUAUAUCUACCAGGACACCGCAACCCUGCUAGAGAACUUCAAAAGCGCUGCAACGCAGGGUUUGAAUGCGUUCAACUCUGACGCUGUCAGGAAGGCGCUACUCCGCCGCCGAGAGACACAGACUGCGAUUUUCUGCAGUGCUGGAAACGGAGGCGACGCUCAUCUCGGCGCAAACGUCAUUGUGAACGACGGCGCAUUGAUCUUUCGCGUGAAUCUCGAUGGCGAGGACGGCGUCGCUGUCGACGCGUUCACUGAAGCUAUCAGAACUUUCGCCACCACAUUCGUGCAAGCUGUUCUUGAGGAAGGCGGGCUUCUGGAUCGAGCUAUCGAACUCCACAAGAGGUUCUACAAGUUCCGCUUCUUCAAAAUUCAGGGCCUGAUGCAGAACGCAGAGCCGUCUGCCGACGUCCGCGAACAGAACAAGCUGAUGAAUGCUCUACCAAUGGAAAAACACAGAAAGACGAAACACGCGAAAACACCGACAGAAAGCGCCUCCUUCCUCCAGGUUACCUCCGGAGUAAAGGUGGACCCGCAGCAACUCCAGCCCGUCGCUCCGAUCUCCGUACCGACUCAACUGGCCCCGCAAAUGCCAACGCCGGUUUCCCCACUGCCUCUUGCGGUUGUCCCCCCAACCCCAGCGGUGAUUUCCACGACCCAAGCUGUAGGUGCACCUGACCCGUACUUGAGCUCCGUCCCAAUGGCAACGGCUGUGACAGACAUGAUGCAGCCUGUGGCUGCUAUCGCUCCGGCCGCACCAGUCGCACCUCAGCAGCUUUCCGAAGUGCCGCAGAGCCUUCCUUUGCCUCAAAUGCCGCAGCCGCAGGCCCCCUCUGUUCAAGGACUCGCUGCUCCAACCCAACUUACUCCUUUGCCAGAGGCAAACACCGCAGCUGUCGCGCAACCUGCAGUGACUUUUCCGACUGCCGCCACAACUGGACAGACCCUGUUCACGCCCUCAGAGCAGACACCAACGAUGCCUGGCCUUCAGGAACCGAUGCCUGGGCUUCAGAGGCCGAUGUCUGGAGUUCAGGGGCCGAUGCCAGCGAUUGCACCUUCGACUCAUAUGGAACCCCCGUUGUCGCCUUUGGAAGUGUACGAACAAGGUGCUCAGCAUCAGCCGCUUGAGCAGCACCCUGAGGUGUCUGAGCCUGUCCAGAGUAACCCAGAGAAGCCGCCAACGCAGGAGGAAGUACCUGCGAAGCAGAUCGAGAGUCGGCCACAGACGACUGAACAGAAACGGAAAUAUUCUGGUGCGCUCAGCGCUCUCGGAGCUCUCGACGCACGUGGGCACCUCCCUGAGAUGACCUACAACGCUGCAAAAAUUUCGCUCCAGCCGGUGAAGGCCGUCCCGAUCAAACAGAAGGUCCAGGCGAUCUUCAGCCGGCUUCGCAUGUUCAAAAUGAACAACGAAACCGUCCUCUAUGAACCCGAUACAGAGAUAAUCGAGAAAACCGUCAAAGCAGCGUAUCUCGACACGACGGAUCGUGUCUUCGAUGUGUGGGGAGCGCUGCUGCCCCAGGCAGCCACGACGACGACUGCGCAGCUUUUGACCCUUCUGCUUCCGAAGCCCGACGUCGAUCUGGCGGAAUUCUACAACAAGACGAUGAACAGCGAAGGCGUUAUCAGCGACGGUCUCCAGAGUCAGCUGCCCGUCAAUCACACACGUUUGGUCGAGCGCUUCGCCCUUUUCCUGGAGGAAGUGUACCGCGACUGCUGGCGCAACUUCUUCAACGUUAACGACAACUUUCUGUCUUCUUCGAGCUCCAGUGAAACUGGAGAGAAAGCGACGCUUUCUGCUGCGAGCAUCCCGACCGUCUCUGCUGUGCAACUGAGUGAUGCGAAAGUUGUGGACCUUGCAGACGGAGUUGUCCGGCGUGGCCUGGAAAAAGCGGCAUCGAUGGAAGCUGUCGUGAAGGGGCACUCAUUCGUGUCUUUAAAGAGUUCGACAACAGAAAAGGGUAUCGACAUUGCCAUCGUUGACAGUUCUGACGGCGUCGGUGUGAACGAGCUCGCGAAGGUGUUCACAGACGAAAAACUCAUCCAAGAAUUGACGGAGAAAGCUCUCAGCUCCGGCGCUUCAACGCUGUGGGCGUCGGCAGGCACACUUGCCGUGGCUGGUUUGGUUGCUGUGACGGCUUUGUAAAAGCGGCAUCGCGAAAAGCACUGCUGUUUACGCUGCUCAUGACACGAAUGCAGUAUGUCGUUUUGUUCGCGUGUGCGACGUCAGCGACCGGGAACUUCCCGGUCGAGAAAACUGUACAAGAGACGCGUCAGGCGUCAAUUUCAGUGCGAAACGACGGUGGAAAGUUCGUUUUUGGGAGCGACUAUGAUCGCGGAGCAGCGAUAUAGACACCUCUGAGGGUUGGAUGAUGCCAUCUUUCGAGGCGUGCCUGCAUGUAGUCACUAUUCCCCCCCCCUUCCCGCGCCGCGAGAGGAGCCGCUGACCGCUCUCGCAAGUAGGAUAUCAAAGGCGUGUGAUUAUGUUUUCACACAUGAAAGUAACUGGUGUCGCAUUCCCAACGAGGGCUUUUCCAAGGCGCAACGACGGUGAAACUCGUGCGAAACCCGACCUGACGUUGUGGGUUAGCCGUGACAGGAACAACAGCACCUAGAGGUAUUGACGCGACACGUAAGCCGCAUCGAUACGCAGAAUACAAGAGUGUCCUGACACUUUCAACGCCAUUUGUCGGCAGUUGGCAAUCCCCCCGUUUGUGUCUUGUCUGUUUCCGCGGAGUUGCGUUCCCUCUGACACGUAAAACUCAGCGGGAACGUGUGAACAACUUCUUUUUUCGUUGCCAUGAAGAAACUGAAGUUUGUGGUUGUGUCAAGAGUCUCGACCAAAAACGAAAGUGGCUUAUUUCCACCGCUCACUGUACUGACAAACUAAGUCGAGACGUACAGGUUGUCCCGCGGUACAAGCUCGACUUUCUUGCCAGAGGUACAUCGUUUUCGGUACCGCUUUACCCGUGCCUCGAGAAAAAAAGCGAGUCU